AUGCAGACUGCUUCUACAAACAUUUGUGAAAGACUGUGCAAUAUGUCCACCCAUGACAUUUCCUGCUACUCAAUAUACUAACAGUUGACCGUGGAAUAACAAAGUGGAAGCAACUGGGAACAACAGCAACUCAGCCACACCAAGUGGUAGGCUAUAUAAAAUGACAGAGCGGGGUCAGCGCAUGCUGAAGUGCACAGUACGCAGAAGUCACCAACUGUCUGCAGACUCAAUAGCUGAAGACCUCCAAACUUGGUGUGGCCUUCAGAUGAGCCCAACAACAGUGCGUAGAGAGCUUUCAUGGAAUGGGUUUCCAGGUCCGAGCAGCUGCAUCCGA